GAACCCGCCUCCCGCGAAGGGCGAUUGGCUGCAAUCUCGGUGAGCCGGCGCCUGGAGAGUAGUGCGCAGGCGCGCACGGUCACCGCGACUGGGGAUUGUGGUGCCUGCCAGAGAUACCUAAGGUGAAAGUCUUUUCUCCUGCACCAUGGCUGAAGUGGAAGAAACCCUGAAGCGAAUCCAGAGUCAAAAGGGAGUCCAAGGAAUCAUUAUUGUUAAUUCAGAAGGUAUUCCCAUCAAAAGCACCAUGGAUAACUCCUCCACAAUGCAGUACGCUGGCUUAAUGCACAACUUGAUUAUGAAGGCAAGGGGCACUGUGCGAGAUAUUGAUCCUCAGAAUGAUCUCACAUUCUUACGGAUUCGCUCCAAGAAAAAUGAAAUCAUGGUUGCACCAGAUAAGGACUAUUUCCUGAUUGUCGUCCAGAAUCCAACGAAAUGAAAGUUUCCCAGACUGACCUACAACUCCUUAUACCCAAAUGUGUAUUUUAUUUAAUAUCCGAAACGGCCACUAAUGAUUAAUUGCUUGUACCACUUUAAUAAUGUCUGAGAAAAAAAUCCCUAUGUCUAUUUUAAACAUAUAUUUGAGGAGUCUCUUAAUAUGAUUAUAAAUUCCAUUCAGUGCAGAAGUCUGAUAAAGAAAUCAGGGUGACAAGUGUCAAAAAUUGAUAAGAUUCUUUAGCAUUAAGAACUGAAGGUCCUUACAUUGGUGUUGUCUGAAAUGUUUUCUAAUAACUCUUUCCCUUUUGUGUCUUUUUAAUUUUGUCACUUAUUUAAAUUUAGAAGAAACUUUUUCGUCUGAAAUGAAUUAAAAACUAUCAAAGAUUA